AUGAUUGAUGAUGACAUUUCUUUACCGGCUGAUACUUUAGCAAUUUUAAAUCAAUUUUUAGCUGAAAAGGCUCAACGUGGGCAAGAGGAAUUGGAUAAAAUUGAACAAAAAGCUGGAAAAGAAGCAGAAUUUGAAGAAGAUUGGCAAUUGAGUCAAUUUUGGUAUAGUGCUGGCACUAAAAAGUCUUUGGGUUCUGCUGUCAAUCAAUUAUUGGAAGAGGUACAGGAUAAGUCGUCUUAUAGUAUAGCUUUACUAUCCAGUCCCUCUCUAUAUGCUACUGUUAAGGAAAUACAUGAAAAUGUGAAAAUUUUUGAAUUCGACAAACGUUUCUCAGCUUAUGGAGAUGAUUUUGUAUUUUACGACUUUAACGAAGGCGACAAUGAAAACUAUCUUAAGGAACUUUGGCAUAAAUUUGACGUAAUCAUAGCCGAUCCACCCUUUCUCUCCGAGGAAUGUAUAACAAAAAUAUCAAAAAUCAUAAAAAAUCUUUUGAAACCUCAAGGAAAAAUUAUAUUCUGUUCGGGCGAGAUAGUAGAGCCCUGGCUGACUGCCUGCCUACCGGUUAAUAAAUGUAAAUUUCAACCUGAACAUGAACGUAACUUGGGAAAUGAGUUCGUUUCUUAUGCCAAUUUCAAUUUAGAUGAUUUUAUAAAAUGUUAAACUAAAAUUUCGGUUUUUUUUUAGAAAAAGAACAAAAAUUACAUUUUAAUUUUUCUCUUAAACACAAAA